AAAGGACACGAAGUCCAUAAGCACCAGAGAAGGUAGGAGAGGGAUUGAAAAAGUGGUACCAGAAUGAAGUAAAAGUUAGUAGAGUACAACGUCGUUAUGCCUUUUUUUCAGUAAAAUAUACUGUUUAAGAAAAUGAACAUGAACUUUGCACUGAGUAAACGGUCCAUACUGUCAAAAUAAAAAAAAAUUCUUAAAUUGUAAACCUCUUUAUUCCAUGUAUAAAUUUCUCCGUUGCUAGAGCGUACUUUCUAAUUUGAUUAGCUAAAUCUAGACACAACUUAAUUUUUUUUUCUCUUUCUUUCCUUUUUUUUUUGUAAUUAUGAAAUGUUUUCAUCUUGGUUAAUCUGUCAAGAAUAACAUCGGUGUGCGAGUAACUUCAAAAAAUGACUUUGUAACCAAAACAAGGAUAAAUUCGCAUUUUUAAGUGCAAUUUGCAGGUUGUGUUAUCAAGUAAUUACUUGCUUGAUUUACUUGCUCAUUUAUUAUUAUUAUUAUUAUUGUUAUUAUUAUUAUUAUCAUUAAUAUUAUUAUUGUUGUUGUUGUUGUUGUUUUGAAGGCGUGCAAGAUCGUCCAGUGUGCUUGAGCCAGAAUCCAACAGAUGCUGCAAAAGUUAUAACAAGACCCUGAAGCGGCAAGCUAGCGUACCUUGCCUUGCAUCCACUAUUGAUCCUGUUAAAGUUCUGCAAGAUUCCCGCCUAACUGCUAACGCUAAAAUGCUUAGCAACGAGAAACUCGCCUUGCUAUAUGAAGAUAUUCUCAAACCGCUGGAGAGUGGCACUAUACUACAAUAUGAAACAACGAACUAG